GCCCCCUUUCAGCAACCAGGGCCUCUCCCCCUUUUCAGGCAUGAUAAGGGCUGCCUGCGGGAGAAGUCUUCCGUGCAGGAGGGGAACCUCUCCCAGGAGGCGGCAUCCAGGAGCCAGCUCACAGGCGCAGAAGUCAAGAUGCGGCCCACCUGCCUGGUCAUCGCAGCUGCCUUGCUCAGCCCUCUGCUGGGGGCUGCCUCUGGUUCUCUCCCCCAGUCCCAGAAAGCAGCAUCCAUCUUCUCCGACUUGACUCCCGAGGAACUGCAGGCCGUCCGAAGCUUCCUAAUGAACUGCCCGGAACUGGGGCUCCAGCCAAACAGCAGGGGUACCCUGUCCAAGAACAGCCUCUUCCUGGUGGAACUCCAGGCCCCCAGGAAAAGUCAGGCCUUACGCUACCUGGAUUUCGGUGGGUCCCGCCCAAGACGCCUGGCCCGAGCUGUGGUAUUCUUUGGUGCUGAAGCCAAGCCGAAUGCCACCGAGUACAUUGUGGGACCUCUGCCUACCCCCACUUUUUACCGACGUUCUGGCCAACCCGUGGCCUAUGCUUCACGGCCCAUGACGCAGCUGGAGCACCGGCUGCUUCACAGCCAACUGCGGGUCUCCCUGGCCCCCCUAGAGCAGUUCCUGCAGGACGUCUCCGGCUUUGGGCUUGAGCAGUGCGGAGGGCGGUGCUUGACCUUCACAGAUGUGGCCCCCCGCGGUCUGGAGCCAGGCGAGCGUCAAACAUGGAUUAUGCUGCAGAGGGAGGUGGAGGGCUUCUUUCUACAUCCCGUAGGUCUGGAACUCCUGAUUGAUCACAGAGCUCUGGAUCCCGACGCCUGGAAGGUGCAGAAAGUCUGGUACAACGGGCAGUAUUUUGACAGCCCCGAGGAGCUGGCUGAGCAAUACGCACAGGGCCAGGUGGAAACAGUGGCGCUACCCAAGCAUCCGGAGCACAGCCUCUUCUCCACCUUUGUUCCCCGUGGGAACUUCACCACAGGCCCCCCUACAGAUGUGCACGGGGCCAAAAUAUGCGAACCGGAUGGCCAUCGCUAUGACGUGCGUGGCAACCUGCUCCAGUACAGUGGCUGGAGCCUGGCUUUCCGGUUGCGCUCCUCCACUGGUCUGCAGCUGUUCGACGUGCGCUUCAAUGGCGAGCGCAUUGCCUACGAACUGAGUGUGCAGGAGGCCGUCGCAUUCUACGGCGGGAUCACGCCAGCUGCCAUGCAGACGAAAUACAUUGAUGUUGGGUGGGGGAUGGGCUCCGUCACCCAUGAGCUGGCUCCUGGAGUCGACUGCCCGGAGGUGGCCACCUUCCUGGAUGCCUAUCACAUGUAUGAUGUCGACGGGCCUGUCCGCUACCCUCGUGCCAUCUGCGUCUUUGAGAUGCCCACUGGGGUGCCCAUGAGGCGCCAUUUUGACAGCAACUUCCAUGGUGGUUCCAACUUCUAUGGCGGCCUGGAGGGUCAUGCGCUUGUGCUGCGCACCACUUCCACUGUGUAUAACUAUGACUACAUCUGGGACUUCUUGCUUUUCCCCAAUGGUGUGCUGGAGACCAAGGUCCACGCCACUGGCUAUGUCCACGCCUCCUUCUACACACCCGAGGGCAUCCGAUAUGGCAGCCGUAUCCAGGCCCACGUGCUGGGCAACAUGCAUACCCACCUGGUACACUACAAGGUCGACUUGGAUAUUGCAGGCACUGGGAAUAGCUUUGAGACCUUGGACCUCAGUUUUGAAGACCUGCCCGUUCCUUGGAAGGCCAGCGAGCGCCUGGUGCAGCCUUUCCUGGAGCGGCAGCCGCGCCUCCGGGAGCGCCAGGCAGCCUUUCCCUUUGGCAAGCCGCUGCCUCGUUACCUCCUUUUCUCCAACCCCACGAAGAACAACUGCUGGGGCCACCAGCGCAGUUACCGCAUCCAGCCCAACUCCCACGGCCACCGCAUCCUGCCACGCAACUGGAAGGAGGAGAGAGGGGUCUCCUGGACCAGGUACCACUUAGCAGUGACUCGGCACCACGAGAAGGAGGACACCAGCAGCAGCAUCUACAUCCAGAACAACCCCUGGCAGCCCACUGUGGCCUUCGAGAACUUCCUCCAGGAUGACGAGAGUCUUGACACCCAGGACCUGGUGGCCUGGGUGACGGUGGGCUUCCUUCACAUCCCACACUCAGAGGACGUCCCCAACACCUCCACGCCUGGCAACGCAGUGGGCUUCUUCCUGCGCCCCUUCAACUUCUUUGACGAGGACCCCUCCGUGGCAUCCCGCCGGACCGUCAUUGUCCGUCCCAACAAGUCUGCCGUCAACAAGGUGACCGUUCAGCGCUGGACACCAGACCGCCCUAGGAGCUGCAUUUCAGACAGGCCCUUCAGCUAUGACGGCACAUACUCCCAGGUGUAGCUCCUUCUCAGCAAAAGCGGGGGGGCCCAACACCUACCUGUGGGGCAGGCCCAGUUUCCGGGGCUGGGCAAAGCUCAGAGACCAGCAACAGCACUGACAAUUGCGUGUGCAAGACACCCAGCACAGCUCGAACGCUUCCGCUGCAGGUAGAAUUUCCCCUUGCCACAAGAGAGGCAGAUCAGCUGACAGGCAACCCGAGCAAUGCUAUUGGGCACAGCCAAUUUCUUAAACCAUAUUUGAGGCUACUUUGGCAGACUUUACACAAUAAAGUCUAUUUGUGUGUAAUGUGCUGUCAAGUCACCUCCGACCUAUGGCGAUCCUAUGAAUGAAAGGCCUCCCAAACGCCCUAUCGUUAACAGACUCGCUCAGAUCCUGCAAACUGGAGGGCGUGGCUUCUUUUACUGAGUCCAGCCCCUCUCAUUUUGGGUCUUCCUCUUUUCCCGCUGCCUUCCACUUUUCCCAGCAUUACUGGCUUUUCCAGAGAAUCUUGUCUUCUCAGGAUGGGACCAAAGUAUGAUCGCCUCAGUUUUGUUAUUUUAGCUUCUGGGGGAAUUAAUGUGAUUUGAUCUAGGACCCACUUAUUUGUCUUUUUGGCUGUCCGUGGUAUCCGCAAAACUCUCCUCCAGCACCACAUUUCAAAUGAAUCAAUUUUCUUCCUGUCGGCUUUCUUUACCAUCCAACUUUCACAUCCGUACAUAGUAACGGGGAAUACCCUAGUUUGGAUUAUCCUGAUCUUGGUUCCCAGACAGAGGUCUUUUAUCAUCUUUCGGGAUCUUCUCUCGCUCCCUCACAGCUGCUCUUCCUAGACCACCGGGUUGCUGAAGCCAAUGAGCAGCAGUAGAUUCCCAGCAGGCACAAGGAAGUGAGUCCUCACAAGACACAAAUUUAACACAUGGAACUCUGUCGGCUGAGGACACUUAGACCAAUGCAGGGUGGAGGAGGGUCCAUCAACCACAAUCAGCCACGUGCUGAAGCACUGGCUGCCCCGUGGGAUGGAAGGGGGGCUCCCCUGAGGCCAUCGAGCUGGACUCUGCUGGGCUCGAUGGACGGGAGGUCUGUUUGUGCAGGGCUGCCGGUUGUUCCUGGAAGGUACUUCUGUGAAUGUGGCUCCAAGUGUUCUUUGCCUCCGUCCUGCAUUUGGCCUAAAACCUGCACCCCCACCCCUCCCCAUGCUCCUUUUUAUCCGUUAAAUCGUUUGAUGGGGGGUGCUGGGUUCAAUGCCCCUUUCCGAUGUGGGCUCCCAUCCCCGUUUCCUUAAGGUAUUAUCCUCAUCAUGGGGUCAGGCUCAGCUGUCGCUCUGCGAAGCCAGAAUCUAUCAACCUACCUUACAGGGCUGGUGUGAGACUUAAGAUGAAGACGGCAAGUAAGAAUGCAGCGUAAUGCAUUCUAUUGGUCAUAAAGCUGUACGCAGGAGGCCAGGGUGCCUCAUCUUUCAGCAAAACGCACCAGCAAUGUUUCAAAAGGGCUUAUUUGGGUGGGGUGGGGAAUGAAUGUGUCCUGAACCCAGGCAACGGCAUGUUGCUACCCCAAAUUGCGGUCUGUUGCACAAAUGAGUUGCAUAUAACUCCGCAUUAAAUUAAUGAGGUGUCAGCGUUCUUAAAUGCCUCUUAAUUAUUAUACGCAAUGGUUGGAAAUACAAAAUAAUGCUUUGA